UCGACCAGCCAUACGAAUCUUCCGACCUUAAACCCUCCGCUCGUGCCGCCCCUUGAUCAGAACGUGAGCCGUGUCGCCGCCUGCCUGCUUUCAGUUGCGUUCAUUCUAUCGUUAGAGUAGGAUCGUUGUCGUGGUGUCACGUGCAAUAACCAUCGGUAUCUUCUUCGUUUCAUUCGUCGAAAGUACACGCGCUAUCGUUAUCGAUAUGAUGGCAACGUCUGAGCGGAUGAAUGGUUGAAAGUUUUAUUAUAAAGAUCAUCAUACGAUCGGGAAAAUUAAUUCUUUUCAGUCAAAAAAUUCGUCUAACCGAUUGGGAGUGUUUUGUUCACGAUGGAGGACAAUAGACGACCGGCAAGAAAAUUAUUGUUACUCUUUUCCAAGAGGACUGUGCUAAAGUACAAACUGCUGAUUCAGUGACAAGGUGUUGCGUUUUACAAGAGGAUUGCACUUUAUCUUUUUUUUUUUUCUAUCGAUUCUUUUUCUUCGAUCAACUUCGUAUUGAACAUUAAUUUUGAACCUUAUGAAAAAAGUGUUUCGUGAAGAGGAAGAAUAUGCAUCAGGACACAGUGGUGUGAAUCAUCUGGCGUGUCGCGUUGAGCGAGAGUUAUCUCUGCAUUGAUCGGUCCAGCAACAUAUAGGUCGAUCGUGGUAACACAGUUUCAACUGUGUAAAAUUUAUAGAAACUUUUUGUUCAUCGGGUCACGUUAUACUCGAACUGUGAACGAAAAAGAAAGAAAGACUAGCUUUCGAUUUAUUCGAGUUUCUCAGAAGACUGACCAGGAAGGACUUUCAUCGGUGUCGAUCACAUUUACACCGAUAUGCUCACUUGAUUAGCCUCGAGUACAUUGACAUUCUGUGCCAAAUAAACGUGCCAAAGCGUUUCAUUGAAAGUACAAGUUAUUAGUAUUAUCGUGAGACUAUUUUUACGAUUGUUAUUAUUGCUGUUAUAGUUUUAUUCGUAAGUUCGUUUUAUAUGCGUGUCGUUUUACAUACGUGAUUUUGUCUCUCUUCGCACGGGGACCGUUUUAUUCGUACAGGAAGUUAUAUUUUUCGUAUACCGAUGAGGAACAAUUACCGCAAUAUGUUUUUUGCCGGCUACGGAUAUUCCAAUCAACAUCAAAACAGCCCACCCUCGCCGACCAGAUCCAGCGUCUGGGGUAGCAUUUACAGCCCGUUUCGGAACACAAAUAUGCCAUUGCAGGACAUUACGAUGAGUCAAACUCUCCCAUUAAUGAACGGUGGAAACGUGAGAUCACCCGGGAAAACCUCCCCAGCGGGGAUGAUUGGAAGCAGAGAGGGGACAGGAAUUGGUCGAACGAUGAAGGAAUACGAGGAUCAAUUGGAGGCCCUUAAAAAGGAGAAUUUCAACCUUAAAUUGCGGAUCUAUUUUCUCGAGGAGCGGAUGGGGAUUACGUCGGCUGAUGAAAAUGCGAUAAAGAAAAAUAUUGAAUUGAAGGUCGAAAUUGAAUCGUUGAGGAAAGAGUUGGUCGAGAAACAGGAACUUCUCAGCCAAGCGGCAAAAGCGUUCGAAUUAAUCGAGGAACAGAAAGAAGUUUCCUCGCGGAACCAAGCUCAGUAUCAACAAUCGCUUGAGAACGAACGGGAAAAAAUCAGAAAGCUCGAAAAGGAAUUGGCCGAAUACCAAGAAAAAAUGGUCGAUGCGUCUAUCUAUUACAAGGAAGCUUUCGGAAUUACGCCGGAAAAGGCGUUGGAAAACGAGGAGAAAUUGCAUCAAAUGGAGGAGCUCGUUGCAUCUCUAGAAGCUGAGGUGAAACAGGUGACGGCCAGUUUGGAAGAGGAACGCGUGUGGGCGCAAGAACUCGAGAGCGAGCGGGAUGAAUUCAGACAACGUUUAGAGGCUGAGACGCGUUUGAAAGAGAAUUUGGACGCGGAGAGGCUGGAAGACAUUGGGGCGCUACGGGCGAGAGUAAAAGAACUGGAGGAACAUCUGUUGAAAAGGGACACUGUCGUGCAGCAGUGCAAAAACGAGCUGCUCGAGAAAGAAAGAGUCAUUAAGGAAAAAAAUUUACAGCUGGAAGAGAGGUGUCGGCUGUACGAAGAGUUGAACGCCGUUUCGGAGAAAAGGAAGAAGCAAGUCGAUCAGUUAAGGGUUUCUAUAAAAACCAGGGACGAUGCCCUCACCGACUUGAACAACAAACAUCGCGCCCUCCUCUCUCAAUUCGAGAACGGAUAUGCGAAAAGAUUAUCACCCCCUAAUAGUCCGUCGACCGUGAAUCCAAACGAAGAUCCGUUGCAAAUGAGAAUGGGACAAAAGGUAACUAUCCAAGGAAUGACGAAGAGAGUAAACACUUGUCUCGAUUGGGAACCAAAUCGAGAAAGGUCAACGAGAAUGAAGUCGCCGGUGCACGGUUUAAGUGGAGAGAUCAAAGACGUGAGAGAUUUAAUCAAGGAAAUAGAAGAUAAGGAGAGUGAAUUGAAACGUCAAGAGGAAACGAGAAAGCAGUUGGUAUUGAAAUUAUGCAAUAUGCAGAAGCACGUUGAAACGACCGAUUACAAAUUGAAAAAACUAGAGGGUGAACACGAGAAAGCGAUCAAGACUAUUCAAGGUUUUAUGGAGAGACAGCAACAAUUGGAAAACACGAAGUUAAGGAAGGAGCAGAAAAUCAUGGAGUUGGAAAUCGAAUUGAACAGGCUGCGAGAGUGCGAGAGCUUGAAGGCCUCGAGGGAUGGCCACAAUCAAUUCGUUCGAAGAGACUUCAGCACCGACAUGACAGAUGAUCCAGAGCGUGAUCCCAACACUCAGCAACGAUUCGAUGAAAUGGAAGCCAAAAUAAACGACCUACGAGACCAAAUAGAGGCCAUCAAGGCUGAGAAGAGUCGUUUGGAGAAGGAGAAUGAAGUCGAAUCGGAGGAGCUGAAAGGACAACUUCAGGACAGAGAGAGGAAGAUAGAGAUGCUAGAGACGGAGAAGCGGACGAUAAAGGAGCAACUGGAGGACAAAGUGAACGAGGUGGAGAAAUUGAAGAGGGAAUUGGCGAGAAACGAUGCGGAGGAUUCGACGAAACGAGAGGAUUUUCUCCGGGAGCUUAAGUCGCGGGAGGUGGAGAUCGAGGAGAAGAACGAAAAGAUCGAGCAACUGUCGAAGGAGUUGCAAGUGAAGACGCAGAAUCUGCAGAAGCUGGUGAACACGGAGCUGUGGAGCAAGAACAAGGAGAUCGCCAAGCUUCACAACCACAUGACCGCCUCUCACUGUCACGAAAGGGGCCGAAACAAGUCGGACGUGACGCAAGAAAGCGCCACGGUGCAGCUCUCCACCCUGAUCAAGGAGCUGAACGACAUUGGUAUUAAGGUAACGUUUACCAAUGAGGUGGUCCAACUGAACUACGUCGAUGGGAACGAGUCCAUAGACGUAAAAACUAUGACGGACUAUGUACAGAAGCUGGUAGCCCAGAAAAAUGAGCUCGAGAAGGAAGUGGAUUACCUGAAAUGGUUGAAACUAGUUUCGAAACCAGAUUUCGCGGCGGAGAUCGAUGGAUACACCGAUAAUAAAACGGAAAGGGUCAAGAAGUAUUGCGAACUGAUGCGCACGCAUCUUAAAGACUUGGUCAAGUUCAUGAAGGAGAUGCUGAAGAACGGGGAUUACGCGGACACGAUCGGUAACGAACGGAGGAAGAUCGUGUUCGACGUUUUAAUGAACUCCAAGAUACUGUCCGACGAUUUUGUGAACGCCCUCGAGGGGAUUUCGAGCAACGAUAUCAUCACCACCUUCAACCCGGACGAUGCGAAUCCGAGGCUGAUGGAAAAUCCGGUGAAAAAGAGUCGAUCCGAGAAUUUGAUCAGCGCCAAGACUCAAACCUCGACGCAGUCCGACUCGGAAGCGUUCUCGGAACCGGACAGAACCGUGUCGAUGGCCAGGAUCGGGUUGCAGGAGACUCAACAAAAAUCUUUGAACAGAUCUAGAUUCUCCAAAUAUACCAAGACUUUCACCGACUCCGAAGACUCGUUGGAAUACGUGCCUUAUUAUAAAUCUUAUCAGAACGAUUUGAACGAUUCCGAGGCUAAUCAUCAGAUACAAGAGCUUAAAGAAACGAACGCUUUGUUGUACACGGAGCUGAGCGCGCUCAGGAGCGAGUUGAAUACCAAGAUUUCGUUCGAUUGUUUGUUCGACGAGAAAAUAUCGCCGUUGAUAAUAAAGUUGGAAAAAUCGCAAAAGUAUUGCGAGAAAUUGCAAUCGGCAUUGGAGAGAAGAAUACACGAAGUGCACGCGCUGAAAAAGGAGAAUAAACAGAACAGCACCCGUAAAGCGCAAUUGGAAAAGAAACUGGUCGACUUGGAGAAUAUGGCAACAGAAAUGAACAAACAGAAGGCCGAGUUGAUGCAUUACAAAGAGAAUUCCGAAAGAAAGUCAACGGAGAUGUUAAUAACUCUUAACAGAGAGAAUGAUACGCUGAGAUCGCGAAUCAAAAAGUUGGAAGAUGAAAACGAGUCCGCAAAGGCAAGCGUAUCGACGUUAACCAAGGAAUUGGACCAUCUGACCCUUUCGCAUAGUCAAAUCCUCGUGGAGAACACAAAAUUAACGAACGAUAAAUUACGUUUGGAACAAGAGAUAAGAAAAACGGAAAACAGAUGUGAUAUGACCGUUCGUUCCAUGCAUGAUAAAUUCAACAAAGAAAUAUCGGAUCUGAAUCAAAUCAACGAGUCGCAAAGGACAAGAUUACAAGAACUGGAAGUCACUAACAAAGAAUUGAGAAGGCACGUUGCAGUUUGCGAAGGGAGCGACUCGGCUCCGAGUUCUAGCGGCGUUUCUUCGAUACCUACAGAGUCUAUGUUGAAACAAACUUGUGAAGAUAUCAUGCAGGAUUAUCAAGCGUACAACAAUUCGCAAUACUGGUUAUCCAUAAAUUAUUCAACGAUCGGUGGUCGAAGUAAAUCAAGCUGUUCGCCAGAUUUGGGGAUCGAAAGUGAUGCGGCAAUCACAACUACGAGACCGUUGAAAGAUACUUUGAAAAUCACCGAAUCCAUGACUAAUCUUUUAAGCGACGAAGAUAACAGCAAUGGUAACAGGCCAGCUCGAGAAGUGGAUAGCGAAAGUCCUUUGCCGAUAGAAGGUCUCGAUGAAGUAGAAGCUUUGAAGCAAGAAAAUGAAGCGUUGAAAAGAAGAUUAAUGAAAACGAGGAGGACAUUGGAGGAUACUUUCCAACAUCUUUCCGCGUCGAAUAAAAAUAAGAAAAAUGUCGAGAAGGCGAUUACGAAACAGUUGCAAAUUACUAAAAAUAUAUUAAAGAAAACGAGGACGUACGAAGAACCUCUGGAUAAUUAAAAAAAAAAAAAAAAGAAAAUCCGAAAAAAUGUCUUGUACAGAGAGAAAACUAUACGUAGAAUCGCUGUUCGUAAUUGAUUUUUAACGUUAAUGAUUUUUAUCGUUCAUUUUUUAUAAUCACGUUUUUAUCAUAUUUUUGUCUUUCACGUGUUUUUCGAUUCAUUUUAAAUCUCGAACAAUCGUCAACGUACGAAUAGUAUUUUUACAAAUUAACGAACGACAGCGACACUUGUUGUAUUUUAUAAAAAAAACUGUUAAAAAGUAUUUUCGUACAUACGUGAAAUUUUACACGAUAAAAAAAAAAGGAUUAAGAACUAAUAAUGUAAAGAUGGAAGAAAAAGGAAAACUUCGUGAAAAAACGAAGCUGUAUAUGUGUCUUGUACAUAAUUGUGUACGUGUGUUCAAGUUCUUUUGUAGAUUGUUUCUUCUCUCUAAAGGUUGUUAAAACCUUGUUAUCGAAUCGAAAAGUGUCCAUUUUAUCGUAUUCUCGACGUUAAAAAAUUCGCGCGCGUGUACAUAUUAAACACCAAGAAUAUCAUUACAUCUAUCAGCAUCUGUACAUAGUCUUCGCAAAUAAAGUGCCAUUGAUAUUU